CCGAGUGUUUCCGAACCUGCCGGAGUCUUCACUGCGGCUGCGUCACUCUUUAUGUGAACAGCAAAGAUUAUAGCUAGCUAACACGAAAAUGGACGGCAAACUUCCAGAGCUGCGGGACAGCGGCGUCUUCAAAAAGCAGUAGCCAUGAGUCGAGAUGAAGAGUCGGUGGUGUGAACGGGAUGCUCCGUGAAAACAUCCGCCGUGUGCCGUGACUGUAGUUUCCACGAUACAGUAAGUUAGCUCGGGCUACUUAGCGAGCUAACGCUGGAAACAGGUAAAUAAGGAUAGCGUCCUUAAAAGCUGCUACGCUCAGUGUUUGUCUUCCGUGCGUGACAGGCGCGUAACGCAGCCCGGUCUGUGGCGUGUUUUUAAAAGAAAGAACCUUUGACUCACCUGUGCGAGUGCUCCCCAGGUGAAUGUGUCUGGAUUUUAUUUGAUAUAUUUCCUCGGAUGGAUUUCAGAGCAGAGCCACAUCACCAAACAUUCCCGGAAACAAAGCUUCCUCUGCUCUGAUUGGACGGCCUGGAUCUCCAAGGGACCGUCUGCCAAUUCACAGCCGUCCACUCCUUCUGUAGGGAGCAUCUGCAAAAAUAUACACAUCCUACAAAACGAAAAAUCAACCCUCGAGCCAAAAAUACACACAAGUUGACCCUUCUACAUCUGGAAACAAGACGGCAUGAUGAUGGCAGGAAAAGACCAGAGAGUCAACCUGAUCAUUAACCAGGGCAGACAGCUGGGGAGGAGCCUGCUGCUGCUGGCGCACUACACCACAGUGUUUGUGGCCUUCGUGGGGCGCUCGGUUCAGUGGAUGGUGGAUGCAGUGAAGUGGACCAGCCUGUUUGCACGCUACACUGUGUCAGUUUUUGACUCCAUCUACAGACAUCUGCACUGGGGGAAGAGGAAAAGUGUCGCCGGCGGGGGCAGAGAGAUCUGCUCGAGCCCCGACACAGAGCCACAGUGACUUGAGUUUGCUAUAUCCAUGUCCAACUGUGUCAUAUUGGCAAAGAAGCCACAAUAAAACUGCAACAAAGUGAAGCUGAAGACACUGAAGAAAGAAAACGAGGCCUUAAUGAAGUUAGAACAAAAACUUUUUACCCUUUGUAAGCUCCUAAAGCGUAGCUAUUUGUUACGUAGUCCCGUUAGUGAUAUAUUUGUAUGUAUGGUUAGAUAAUGUGAAUAUUCCAUAUUCAGGUAAGGAGAAGCUUUUCCAAACGAUGCAUCAGGCUGUGGGGAAAACAUGCUGCUGCCAGAAAUGCAUUACACCUGCUCAUAUGACUGUUAUGGAAGUGUGCCACAGGGUAAUGCAAGCUAAAAUAAGUCGGAAGCAUAGAUACUGUAUGCCUUUUCCACUUUACAUUAUUGCACUACAGCAGAAGCAGGUUUUCGUUGAACGCUAGACGAAAACUUCUCCACGACAUCAGCAGCUAAAUAUAAUUCUGACAUCCGUGCCGUAAUUUUUUUAAGUAUUAUUUUUGGUAAAUAUGCCUGUGGAGAUGGUCCUCCUUGUGAGUUUUCCUGUGUACGUGAAUCACAAACACUCCUGCUGAAUGUAUCCCAGAGGCGACUAAUAUCUCGGUUUAAUUCCUGGAAUGUUGUUUUAAAAUGAAGGCGACAAAUGAAGUUUGUUUUUUUUAAAUUUGCUUUUGUAUUAAGACGUAUAUUUUAACUGUUAGCACAUUUAGAACGCAGCUUAAAUGUAGACACGUGCACUAUGAGUUAUUUUUAUGGCAUUAUCAAGUUGUAAGAUGGUAAACGUAUUAAGACACUCACAGCUAUGCUUUAUAAAAACACUACAUUUAAAUCCAUACUAAAGCACUUAGACAUGAAUGUCAGAUUAUUCAGUAUUUCUGUUUGCUUUCUUUUUGUUUUUUACAUUGAAAUCUAACAGCUUUCUGCAGUGUUUUGAUAUUAAUUUCCCUGACUCAAACUGUAAUGCCUCCGUGGCUUUAAUUAAUCUGUGGUAUCCAAAUAAACUUCUCCAUCAAACUGUCUUCAGUAAUCCUGUUUAUUUGCAGAAUUAGACACAUGUAAAGCAUCAAAUACCGACUGAUCCUCACGUUUUUCUUGAUUAAUCACUCUUAAAAUACGUUUAGUUAACUGUAGCUCCUUUCAGACGUGCACAUAAGCCGAUGGCAUCUGAACAUGCGGUCACUUUUACAUAAAAGAUGUUCUACUAGGUGAGACCGUGUAUGGAAAAUAGAACCCUUCAUUCACUGAAUCCAUCCUCACAUUCAACAUUUCAUCCUGAUGCAGCUCCUCUCUCCACUAAAACGCAAAACAAAACUCUGCCGUGUUGUUAAUCAGGCCAGCAAAAUCAUGUCUCUGAGCAAAAUAAAACACUGAACACUACAUAUACUGUAUUUUAUCGGCUGCUGUUUCUUUAUAACAUUUCUUUAAGACGUCUACUUUGUGAGCUUGAGUUUUAAGUGUGUCUUUUAUUUUUAGCGCCUUGUCAAAGAAGAAUUCCUGUCACUGUUUGGGACAGACAAUGAAAUCUAUCAAAAGUAAAAUACUAAGUUGUUCAUUGUUCUUCUGUUGUAAUUUCUGUAAUAUCUUGUCUGGUUUUUGCUGUUUUUUAUCUUUUAUUGUCCCACUUCUGUUGUUUGUUUUGUUUUUGUCAUUUUGUGUUUCUUUUUUUCCUCGCUUGUGCUUUUUGUCUUAUUUUUGUCGUUUUAUGUUUUGCUUUAUUCGUUGUUUUCUGUCGUUUUUUUCUCACUUGUAUUGCCCAUUUUUUGUUGCUUUGAAACUUUGAUAAAUUUUUUGUCUCUUUUUGUUUUGUUUUGUGUCGUUUGUCAUUUUCUUUCUCGCUUUCGUGGUCUGUGUUUCCCUAUUGUAAUAUUUGGUCUUGUUUUUGUUGUUUUUUGUCUUUUUCUUGGUCUGACUUUUGUCGCUUUGAUCUCGCUCGUGUUAUUUAUUUCAUUUUUGCCAUUUUGUGUUUUGCUUUGUUCGUUGUUUUGUGUAGUGUUUUUGUCAUUUUGUCUCGUGUCGUUUGCCCAUCGUUUUGGCACUUUGUAACUUCUUGGUCUAACUUUCUGCCUCGUUUUUGUUCUGUUUUGUGUCGUUUGUCUCAUUUUUUGUAAUAUUUUGUCUUGCUUUUUUGUCUUUUUUUAUCUGACUUUUGCUGUUUUGAUCAUAAAGUGAAAUAUUGUCUUGUUCAGUUCCAGAUACCUGUGACCAAAUGUGAUCUAUAAGUUGUAAUGUGUAAAUGAUAAACUGAGGCAUGAUAUUGCUGAAAUGGAAUUUUUUUUUUUAAAGAAAUUUCAGGUUGUUCAUAAUGUUUUGCAAAUAGAUAAUUCCUUAAAUGUGAACAGUUUCAGAAUGCACUUUUUUGCACUAAAACAAAGGAAACAGUUGGAGUUGUGGUUAUUUAUCGGUCAUUAUGCUCUGAUUUUACUGGUCCGGCCCAUUUCAGAUCAAACUGGGCUUGAUGUGUUCCCUGAGCUAAAAAUGAGUUUGACACCCCUGAUUGAAAUAAACCCACGUUAGCGGGCAUUAAUUGGCCUAAACGCCGUGCAGCAGGAGGAAUAUGUACAGCGCUGGUGGGAUUAACGGGUUUACAGUGGCUUGUUUUGCAUGCUUCACCAAGAACAUUAAAGCUGCACCGCUCAUACCGGAGUCCACAUGCUGAGCAACAUGUACCCCAUCGGUCCAGGAGCAUGGCAGUGUCGCGUCCACGUGAGGGAUGAAACCUCGAUUGUGUUUGUCAGCACAUCUCGGGGUAAAAGCGGAACAGUCAACUUGCCCUUUUAAUGGGAUGAUUAAGCUGAUCAUCAGCCUGGAUUACAUGCGGUGAUCAGACAAAAGGAGAGCGCGGCGGGGCGGGGCGGGGAGCGCCUCCACCCCAAACGCAGCGAGCUACAAAAGGCCCCUGCCAGCUGCCACUCUCGCCCUAAAAGUCCUGCUGUUGUGUGACUGUGAAGAGGGAGAGAGCCUCCACUUCACAGUAGACCACUCUGGGCUGUGAGGUUUUGUGCAGAAGCAGCGAACGGCUCCACUCGUGCGAGAUGGGGAACUCAUCGGGCAGCACCGUGGACGACCUGCAGGCCGUGGAGAUGCACCUCUGGUACAAGAAGUUCAUGACUGAGUGCCCCUCGGGUCAGCUCACCCUGCACGAGUUCAAGCAGUUCUUCGGGCUGAGAGGUCUGGACCCCGAGGCCAACGCCUACAUCGAGCAGAUGUUCCGCACGUUCGACAUGAACAAGGACGGCUACAUAGACUUCAUGGAGUAUGUGGCCGCUCUGAGCCUGGUGAUGCGCGGGAAGAUGGAGCACAAGCUGCGCUGGUAUUUCAAACUUUACGACGUGGACGGAAACGGCUGCAUCGACCGGCACGAACUCCUCAACAUCAUUAAGGCCAUCCGGGCAAUCAAUGGGAACGAGGGUCAGGACACCACGGCGGAGGAUUUCACCAACCGCGUGUUCGACAGGAUUGAUAUAAACGGAGACGGUGAACUCUCCCUGGAGGAGUUCGUGGCCGGAGCUCGUAGUGACGAAGACUUCAUGGAGGUGAUGAUGAAGAGUCUGGACCUCGCCCACAUUGUGGCGAUGAUCCACAACAGGAGGCGCAGUGUUUAGGGUCUGCUCAGCCCGACCACCUCGUCACCUUCACGAUUUGACCCGCGUGCUUCAGUACAUCACCUCUGGCCAUUCACAGAGAUUCCUAUUAAGAUUGAAUCCACUUUAAAAUGAUGCCAGUGCGCUUUGAACGCUGACAUAUCUGAUGUUUAAUCUCCAAAAGAGCGACACAUGCUCUUUAAAAAGGACGACUCAGUCUGCCCUAGCAGACCGGUCAUUGUCCUCGUUUAAUGAUGGUGAGCUCUCUUAAGGCCACCUCGGCAUGAGGGAUGAUCUCAGACGGUCCACUUACCCUCGGAUACCCGGCGGGAUAAAAGAGGGACACAGUGCAGUAGAGUGGCAGUUACAUGCACUCCACUACGCUUCCCAGAUCUUUUCUGUUUUCUGGGUCGCAGUCCCUCUGCAUCAAAUUAUUCAGAUCUGUUUACCCGCUCCUGCCUGUGGGGUUUACAGGAGGAAGCCAUGAGUGUGCAGUGAGUUUAACAUCCAUGCUAAUUUGAUUAAGCCAGCGGCUGUAAAACAGGAGCAGGUGAACGUCUCUGGAGACAUUCAGCGUGCAGAUCCAAUUCUGAAAAUGUUUACCUUUUAUAUGUUCUUAAUUUUUUUUAAUCGGAGCAGUAAAAUACAGACUUGUGGUUCUGUAGCAUUUCUGUGUGUGGGUGUUUCUUUGGCUGAAUGAUUUGCCUCCUACUCGGCAGUAAAAACAGAUCUAGAUUACCGUAGUCAUGUUUGUUAGCUACACUCAUCUGGUGCCUUCUGUUAGAAGACUACAGAAUGUGUUUGAUUUCAGCUUUUGCUUAUCUGUACUAAAAUAAAAACAUGAUAAGAACA